UUGCUGUACUUUUUAAGAGAGGGGGAGAAAAGCAGCACAUUGUUAAGAUGCACAUGUAUACAUUUGAUUGAUUGAUUGAUUGAUUAAGUGCCUCAAGUCGGUGUCGACUCUUAGCCUCCACACAGAUAGAUUCUCUCCAGGAUGAUCUGUCUCCAACUUGGCCUUUAAGGUCUCUCAGUGGUGCAUUCAUUGCUGUCCUAAUCGAGUCCAUCCACCUUGUUGCUGGUCGUCCUCUUCUUCUCUUGCCUUCAACUUUUCCCAGCAUUAUGGACUUCUCAAGGGAGCUGGGUUUUCGCAUAAUGUGUCCAAAGUAUGAUAGUUUGAACCUGGUCAUUUCUGCCUCGAGUGAAAAUUCUGGAUUGAUCUGUUCUAUGAUCAAUUUGUUUGUUUUACUGGCUGCCCAUGGUAUCCUCAGAAGUCUUCUUCAGCACCAAAGUUCAAAAGCACCAAUGCUUUUUCUGUCUUGCUUCUUCGAAGUCCAACUUUCGCAUCCAUAGAGUGUCACAGGAAAAAACAUUGUCCAAAUGAUUCUAAAUCUUUGUAGGUGUAGACAUGUCACAUCAUCUAAAUAUCCUUUUCAAGGCCUUCAUUGCAACCCUACCAAGUGCUAGUCCGCAGCAUAUUUCUUGACUGCUAGAUCCUUUGCAAUCCUAAAAGGCAGAAGCUAUCCACCACAUCAAUGUCCUCAUUAUCAAUUCUGAGGCUGGUUGCUGUACCCAUUGUCAUUAGUUUAGUCUUCUUUACAUUUAGUCGUAGCUCCAUUUUUUCACUAUCUCGUUGACUUUCAUUACUAGAGCUUGCAGAUCAUCCGCUUUCUCAGGAUCAGAGUGGUGUCAUCAAUGUAGUGCAGGUUAUUGAUGUUUCUUCCUCCAACUUUAUAACCACGCUCAUCUUCUUCCAAUCCAGCUUCUCUUAGUAUAUGUUCAGCACAGAAGUUGAAUAAAGAAGAAAGUAUACAGCCUUGUCUUACUCCUUUGCCGAUCUGGAAUGAGUCCGUUUCACCAUGUUCCAUCUGGACUGUGGCUUCUUGUCCUGUGUAUAGGUUUCUCAAUCGAAGGCCUUUCUGUAGUCAAUGAAGCACAUAUUGACUUCUUUCUGGUAUUUUUUGGCUUUCUCAAUUAUCCAGCGUGCAUGAGAAUGGGGUCUCUUGUUCCUCAGCCUUUUCUGAAACCAGCUUGAACAUCCGGCAAUUCGCUUUCCACAUAGGGCUCUAAUCUACAUUGGAUGAUCCUGAGCAUUAUUUAUUAUUAAAACUUUUAUACCGCCUUUCCAAAAGGCUCAGGGUGGUUUAUUUUGCUAGCAUGUGAAAUUAAGGAUAUUGUGCAAUUGUUUGUGCAAUCUGUUAUGUCUCCUUUCUUUGGUGGGGAAAUGUAGACUGACCUCUUCCAAUCUGUUCGCCACUGUGUCGUUCUCCAAAUUUGCUGGCAUAGUUUGGUUAGAGCCUUGACUGAUUCUUCUUCUGUUGACUGCCAUAUUUCUAUAGCUAUUUCAGCAAUUCCUGUAGCCUUCCAACUUGGUAAUGACCAGAGUGCUGAUCUAACCUCAUAUUCCAGUACUAGAAGUUCUUGCAAGUAGGGAAUAUCUUCUAGAGUAUCUUGGAUGUUGAUGUCCCUGCGGUACAGAUUUUCAGUAUACUCCUUCCAUCUCUGUUUGAUCUUCUCUGAAUCAAUUACUAUCUGUCCUUUGGCAUCCCUUAACAUACCAGUUCAAGGUUGGAACCUCCCUCUGAGUUCAGAGAUCUUUUGGAAAACUUUCCUUGUUUUUCCGUGUCUAUUUCCAUCCUCAAAGUCUUUACAGAAGUUAUUGUAAUACUGCUCCUUGUCUCUAACAGCUUUCUGAAAUGCCUAUUAAGUUCCUACCUGAAGUCUUUCUCUUUCUUGACUUUGGCUUCUCUCCUCUUCUUGGCAAUUUCCACCAUCUGUUCUGACAUCCAUUUUGCUUUCUUCUGUUUCUUAGUCUUUGACAGUCUCUUUUCACAUUCGUCCUUAACUUAUUUGAUUCCAUUCCACAGUUUCUCUUGUUCCCUAUCAAUGAGGUUCAGAACUUCAAAGCGGUUCCUGAUGUUCUCCUUGAAAAUGGUGGGCACAUUCUCAAGAUCAUGUUGUAGAAGAUGGAUAGCUUUGUUUUUCCACUUUAGCUUGACUUGGAACUUGCAUAUGAGCAGUUCGUGAUCUGUUCCACAAUCGGCCCCCAGGCAUGUCUUUGCUGUUAUAACUGAGCUCUUCCACCUCCUUGCACCAAUAAUGUGAUCAAUUUGAUUUCUGUUCUGUGUACUCCAUCUGGUGAUGUCCAUGUGUAUAGACGCCACUUUGGUUGUUUAAAGAAUGUGUUAGCAAUGAAGAGAUCAUUGCCUGGAAGAAACUAAUAAGUCGUUCUCCUGCUUAGUUUCUGUUUCCUAGGCCAUAUAGGCCGACUGUGUUUUCCUCCUUACCUUUUCCAACUUUGGCAUUCCAGUCUCCAACCACCAGCAUCACAUCUUGCUUACAUGUUCUGUCAAUUUCAGACUGAACUUGAGAAUAAAACUCAUCAACUUCCUCUUCUUCUGCAUCACUCAUUGGAGCAGAGACUUGAAGAACUGUCAUCUUAAAGAGUUGUCCAUGAAAUCUAAUUGAUAUUAGUCGGUCACUGACCACAUUGUACCCAAGUACUGUCAUUGCUAUAUCCUUCCUGACUAUGAAAGCAACACCAUUCCUUCUUUGGUUUUCGUGUCCUGAGUAGUAAACUGUAUGAUUUUCUGACUGAAAGUGUCCCAUUCCAGUCCAUUUUAAUUCACUGAUGCCCAAAAUGUCAAUCUGUAGUUGAUUCAUUUCAUCUUUCACUGUGUCGAGCUCUCCCAUAUUCAUGCUUCUUAUGUUCCAUGUUCCCAUUGUAAUUCUGUCUUUGCUGCUUCGGAUUUUCUUUUCCCGCACGGCAACAUUAGCAGCUAGACGUCCAAAAGCCUUUAGUGUCAUAAAUACCAUCGAUACGCUGAGAGAUCCUCAGUUCUUCCUCAGUAGCAUGUUGAGUACCAUCCGACCUGAGGGUCCCAUCAUCCAGCACUACAUCGACAACAUUAGGAGCAUGCAUACGUGUGCACACGUACACAUUAGUAGCCACAAGGUUGAGCAGUAAAGUUGCCAACUCUGAAGCUUUUCCUGGAGUUUCCCCCUCUCCAGUAUUUUUCGCAAGUUGAACCUGUUAAAUAUCCAGGAUUGCCUUGAUGCCAAUUGCUCCAGGCCAAUUCUGGAGUCUCCAGGCCAGUGCUUGAAGGGUAGCAACCCUAUAUAGAAGCAAUAUCAUGUUUUAUUCAUUUACAAUAUAAAUAAAAACAUAAAACACAGAAUUAAGAUAUCCAACAUAAUUUGCUAGUUCCAGAAGGAUAGCCUGCAGCCAGAAUAAAAGCCAUAAUAAAUUAAAUAGCCUUAACUCUGGUCUGAAACCAGCAGAUUUUUUACUAUUUCCUUUGAGCUCAGGCUCCAAAAAGUUGGGAAAUUGACUGAUGCCUUAACAGACAUGCCACAUACCCAGUAAUGAUGUGCAAUGUCACAAAUUGUGCUCGCUUACAACUUGCCGUCCAUAUAACCAAACUUUUCCUUGGUCUUUGAAGAGAAGUUGUCCUGCAAGCUAAUGAAGUAAACAACAGACAAGAGUCAUAGGGAUACUAAACUCAUGGGAUAAUUCCUCUAGCAAUACAGAUGCUUCUUCAGUCUGUAGGGGACCAGGACAAUAUGGGGCAUCUUCACAGCGAGGAAAAUGUAUGGAAACUUUGUGAAUUCAUCCAAAACCGGAAUCAAUAUCCCUUGGAGGAGUUUUAUGCUGUUUUCAUUUCCAAUGAUAGAAAGAUGGUACCACUUUGGAAGCAACAAGCAGGAUGUGGAGAUCAGCCUGUGAUUUGGGAUUACCACGUUGUUUUGCUUCAUACGUCAAGCAGGGGCCAGAACUUUAUUUAUGAUCUUGACACUGUGCUACCUUUCCCAUGCCCUUUUGACACCUACGUUGAGGAGGCAUUUAAAUCGGACAGCAUUAUUCAUCCUGAAUUUCGGAGAAAAGUCAGAGUGGUUCGAGCUGAUGUGUACCUGAAGAUGUUUGCUUCUGACCGGUCCCACAUGAAGGAUGCCAGUGGGAAUUGGCUGAAGACUCCUCCACCCUACCCAUGCAUUGAAACUGCAGACUUUAUGAUGAACUUGAACGACUUCAUCAGUAUGAAUCCAGGUGUAGGAUGGGGAUCUGUGCUCCCCCUUCCUGACUUCGUGCAGGGUUUUGGCAGUCAGAGCUGAUUCCAGCUUAUGAUGAAGGACAAUGAAGUUGUUAAAGUUGAGACAUCAAGCUGAUGACACUUGCCAUUCUAUUUAUUGCUUGUUGUGUUUAAAUAUGGCAUAAUAUGAUGUGUUGCGUUUCGGCAAAUAAAAUAAUGUACUGAACUAAAUAAACCUUUUUAAAUUUUUGAAA